GAUGGUGAGGAGGAGGAGGAGAUGGUGGGGCAGGCGAAAGGGAGGUUGACAUGGGCUAUUAACAAUCAGGUUUCGAAUCCUUCCUACAUGCCCUAUGGUAUUGAUGGACCACGAAUUACCAUCACUGGCGCCUCUUCAGUGCUCAUGAGGUACGUCUCGCUGCUGAAAACCGACACCUCCUACCCCCUGAAGAUCUUGUACUCAGUGCAUAAGGAGUUUUGCGGCUAUCGUGUUCACAUGCUUAUGCCGCCGCCAUCACCGCUGCAAGACAUAAUUAAGGGUCCACUGGCAUCAACGAGAAAGAUGGCGACACAAUUGGUGAGGCUUGAGGCCUGCAAGCUGCUGCACAAUGCUGGUGAGUUCUGA